UGACGCGCCAAUUUAGGGAUGGCAGUAAGCAAAAACAGCGCAUAAUAAUAGUUUUCAAGUUCCACUUUGUUUUGGAUUGUAUUUUUUUUCACAAUAGAAGUGAAACUGUCAAAAAUUUGACAAAAGGCGUACGAAAUAAACAAAAUUUAAAUAUGGAUCCGACUCUGUUUUUUUAUUUAAACUCCAGUGAAAGUGAAGAAGACGAAAAAGUUAUAAGGAGGAGGCUUAGAGAUCAAAGCAAUCCUUUGGACUUGCCAAACAAUGCAUUCUUGAAACGGUACCGCUUAUCCAAAGAGGCGUUCAGCUAUGUGCAGCGAAAAAUAAAUUUAAAGCAUACUGAUGUUAAAGCCGUGCACCCAGUGUUACGAUUGGCUGCCACUCUUUCACUUCUAGCUAGCGGUGGGUACCAACACAGCGUCGGAAGUGAUCAUUUGGUGGGAAUGUGUCAAAGCACUGUAUCAAAGUUGGUAUCGUUUGUUCUUAUUGAAAUGGAAAAUAAGUUGUGCCCACAUCUUAUACGAUUCUCACCAGAAGAUUCGUCUAGAUGCAAAGAAUGGUUUCUGGAAAAAUACAAAAUACCUGGAGUCAUUGGUUGUGUCGACGGAACUCACAUUGGUUUGCAGAAACCCUCUAUAGACGAACAUAUGUACAUUAAUCGAAUGGGGUACCAUAGUAUCAAUGCUAUGAUAAUGUGUGACCACACAUACAAAAUUUUGGCGAUCAAUUGCCGAUACGGUGGUGCGGCUCAUGACUCCUUUGUUUGGAAGCACUCAGAUCAAUAUAGAGUAUUGAAAGAACGGUUUGAGCUUAACAGACAGGAAAAUGCAUGGCUGUUAGGGGAUUCCGGCUACCCAGUUGAGCCAUGGUGCUUAACCCCUUAUAGAAAUCCUCCAGAUGGUUCAGGCGAAAGUAUAUUCAAUGAUAGUCAUUCUAAAGCAAGGUGUAUCAUUAAGCGAAGUAUAGCUAUUUUAAAAGGCCGUUGGAGAAUCUUAGGGAACGGCAAAAGGGGAAGAUAUCUUCCUGCAAAAGUGGCGAGAUUCGCCAAUGUCUGCGCAGCAUUACAUAACGUUUGCAUCAAGUUUAAAAUUAAUUAUAAUCCUGCAGAUUAUGAAUCCGACAAUACAACCGAAAUUGACGAAGACGAAACAAGUCAAUUCACUUCGAUAGGCCAAACGAUAAGAGACCAAAUAAUGCAUUCACUUUCAAAUCCUACCUAAAUGUGAAAAAUUAUAUACAUAUCACUAGUUUAGUAUAGGCUUGGGCGAACUUAAGAUAUUGACCAAGAAUUGUCAUCUUUCACACAGAUUGUUUUUAGAGCACAACGAACCAUAUUAGGAGCGUUCCUUAUCUCCCAGA